CCCGGCGUGCCGCGGAUGGGCAGUGCCGGGCCGGUCCUCCUGUAUCCCGGCGUGCCGCGGGAGGACAGUGCUGGGAGAUGUGAGAGUGAGCGGCCCGACUCGCUGCCAUGGGCAACCGGCGGAGCGCGGCCCGGGGCAGUGAACCCACCAGUAAGUUGGUGCUCGCUUCGAAAUGGAAAGGCGCUUUGUCCAAAGUGGGAGUCUCCCUCUCGAGCUGGUGUUCGGGAUCUUUCCGUACCGGUGGAAAGUAUGAACAAGAACAACUACUACCAGUCGGGAUGCGAGCUGAGUCUCUCAAGCAUGCAAGCACUGGCUGGCCCUUUCCUCGCUUCAUCUCUCUCUUCUUCCCAGUCUUUCCUUACAAAUCGCAGCAUAUUGAUCAGGAAUUCCAGGAUAUUGAGUUCAUUGCAAGGGGCUCCUUGGGACCAAUUCUGAAAGUCCGCCAAAGGACUGUGGAGAAGACUUACGCAUUGAAAGUGCUACUGAAGGCGGAGGUUGUGCGACAGGGAGUCCUGCAGCAAUGCAAGGAUGCAGUUGUAAUUCAGAAGCAGGUCCUCCAUCCCUUCGUGCAGGGAGUUCGGGAAUGUUGGCAGACUUCACGGCUGCUCUUCAUUAAGUGCGACUACCACCAUGAUGGGGACCUUGGCAGAUUCUGGGCCGCCCAGAAGCCGCUGGCGGAGGGCAGAGUGCGGGUGUUCGCAGCUGAGCUGGGUUCUGCCAUUGAUGGAGAACGUUCUUCUGAACGAGCGAGGCCACCUGAUGUUGACGGAUUUUGGAUUGUCCCGCAGACUGUGGCGAGGAGAGAGAGCGUGCACCAUCUGUGGAACUAUUGGCUACAUGGCUGCUGUGUGCCGACCCCCAGCGCCGCCUGCACCGCCUCGACGCUUUCAGUGAGCACUGCUUCUUCCAUGGCCUGCCCUUCGACCCUGUGCUCCUGCAGCAGCUGCCCCUGGAGCCAAGUCAGGUGGUGGGUGAUGGACCCUCCCUGUCUCAGCACCCUCCCCACCUCUUCCCUGAUUUCGACUGGGAGCCGCUUGCUGACUCCGAGACGCCCCUGGCAGCGUGAAGGGACGCACUCACCGGUCGCUCGUCUGUGGCUGCUGUCCCGCAUCGUCACUCAUCUCAUCCACAACUGGCUGCACCUCGACCUCAAGAUCGGCUCCGUGGGCUUCCUCUCGCUCCACAACAUCAGCAUCAACAUCUGUGCUCCAUGGACUGUGGAAGUGGACAGAAUCUGGCUCUCCUGUAAGCUGCUGAACCAUGAGUUACCUCACUACCUCGGCCUGUGUGUGGGAGAGGUCCGCUUGCAAGCGGACUUGCAAGCUGCUGCUACGGAUCAAGAGGCAACGGAAGCCGCUCCCAGGGAGAACUCAAGGAAGAAGCACUGGGCCCUCCAACCCUCAAUGCUGCGCCUGGUGUCGCAGCUGCUUACAGUCCACGUGUACUCCAUGAAUGUGAUGGUGCUGAAUGCCGGUAUCCAGGAAUCCCUGUGGCAUGUGGCCGUCUCGAGCUGCAUGUUUGUCUUCUGCUGUAACGGCAGCAGCAUCAAGUGUGAGGGCAGUGUGAGGAAAUUGACCAGCAAAUGGAUAACGAGCAGCCAGCUGGAGGAUUUCUGCCUGGCGGACGCGUCACUGAGCCUGGCGGUGACUGUGGUCAUCAGCCUGCCCAACCUGAAGGCCCUCAACACGGAGCUGACCAUCGAUGGGCUGAAGACCGAGCUCCACGAGGGAUUCUUCACCUCGCACCUGCUGCAGACCGCACUGUCGCAGCCCAAGGUGCUGCAGAAUGAGACUGACCUGGUGCAGCAAGGGCCCAGCACCGAUGUGGAAGAAGAUGACAGAGAGGAGGAUGCCCUGGCUUACAGGCCUGCCUUCAUGAAAUACCUGCCGCAGGCAGUUACGGUGCAGAUGGAGAACACGAACGUCACGCUGUCAUUAAACAGCCAGCAGAGGCAUCUACACUGGAGCCUGAAGUCAUUGAAUUUCCACUACAAGCUCGAUGAUCUUUACCACUCCAUUCAGCAUGCCUUCCUGCCUCCAAUCACCAUCCAGCUGAAUUUCAAAGAUGGACUGCUCCUGUCCCAGAGUCGGCAGCGGAUUGUGACCCUGGCCAAGCUCAGCAGCUCCCUGCAGAUCACGGGCAUUGACAUCUCUGCAUCCGUCAUCAUCCACACGUGCAUCGUUCACUAUCGCCACUCAGAGUUUUCACACUGGCAUGCCUUGCUGCCGAGCAGCUCCGCAGAGCCAAAAGCUGCAAGAGAAAGGUCCUUACCUCAGCUCAAGGUCCCCAUCAUCCUCAACUGUUCACUGACCAACGUGAGCGGCUCCCUCCAGUUCUUCGAGACACCCACCUUCGCACUGGGUCUCGGCUCCGUAACUGCAGACACCCAGCACCUGAAGGCCCGCAGUUCGCAUUGGCGUGGUAACCUGGCAGUGAGGAACCUUUGGUGGCGAGCGGGUGAUGGGUCACAGGUACUGAGAGCCCCACCUCCAGCCAAGACGCACGUGUGGGGAGAUGUUCUGGUGGUGGAGACGUUCAAUAUGCAGGGGAGUUACAGUCAAACCAAGUCUCUCAUGGGCGAUCACGCCAAGAAUCUGCACCUGGACAGCAUGGUGAGCGAGCUGCAGCUGGAGGUCUCGGAGACGGCCGUGGAGUGUCUGUCCAAGGUGCUGGCCCUGAUGCAGGGAGGUGAGCAGAAACCUUUGGCAGAGAGCCCAGACAACGGGGAAUAUACUACUGCAGAUUUGGACUUCAACAGUAGACAAAAGGUCCAAUUCUCGAAAGUGGACGUUAAACUGGAACAUAUCACCCUCUUCUUUCUCUCCAGUACAGUAGGUGCCAGCAUUGUACAGAUGAAAUCCUUGUCCAUUAACAACAACACGGACAGCUUAAUCAGCGAGGUGGAGAAUUUGUCCUUGGUAGUGGAGAAGGACAUAAAGAGCAGCAUACGGCUUCUGUCCAAUGUGGAACCUAUCUCCAAGCAACUCCUCUCUGUGUCCCAGUUCACUGCAGCGUUCUUCAUGCAUGGCUGGUCCUUCGAGCUGAGCUCGAUCCAGGACGUCAGCGUGCAUUGGGACCCUCCCAGACACAUGCUGCUGAACCACCACCUGCAAGAGGCGGCCUUCCUCCAGCGCAGCCUGCGUGCCAGCCUGCCGCAGGGCCGGCCGGCGGGGAGCGGUGGCGGCAAGGUCAGAAAGCUCCUCCAUCUGGCGCUGGAGCUGAAGAACCUGGCGGUGAUGGCAAGCCUGGGCCCAGAGCACCAGGUGCAGCUGCGGGCAGAGAACCUGGUGGGCACGAGCAGGAGCCUGCAGGCCUCCCAGGUGGUGCUCAGCUUCGACGGGCACGACAUCUUCUUGGCCAAGGAGGCCGACGUGCGGGGAGGGGAUGCGGGCGAGCGGGAGGCCCAACCGGGGGCCAAGAACCGGCUGUGGACCCUCCAGCUGUCUAGCCUGGCCGUAGAGUUCCCCUUCCGCUACGAAUUCUCCAGCGCCUUUGACCGCUGUGUGACGGUGGUCAAGUGGCUGAAGACCUUGCACGGGUCGGGCGCCGGGGUCGAGGGUUCAGAGGGGCCGCUGCCCCCUGACCUGUCGCUGCGGGUUGGCCAUUUCUCCAUGGUGCUGCUGGACAACGUGUUCGAGGUGAAGCUGCGGGACGACUAUGAGCUGAUGAAGGACGAGAGCAAGGAGAGUGCAAAGCGGCACAAGCUGCUGGACGCCCGGGUGACCGCUCUGCGCAAGCAGCACGGCGAGCUACUGCCCGCCCGCAAGAUCGAGGAGCUGUACGCCGCCCUGGAGCAGACCAACAUCAACAUGUACGUGCAGCGCUCACAGCGCCUCUACGCCAACACGCCCAUGCGCAAGGCCCUGCUGACCUGGGCCGUCAGCGAGCUGGAGAUCGGCGCCGCCGCAGAUCCCUCUGCCCACGGGCACGGCCCGCUGCAGGAGGAGAUGCGGAGGCUGGACAGCGUCAGCCCCUUCCCCCUGGACGGCCUGAGGCUGCUCAUCCAGUGGUGCCGGCGCGUGACCUUCAAAGCCAAGGCCUUUCUCGUUCGAAUCCGUGACUAUCCCCGGUACCUGUUUGAGAUACGGGACUGGAAGCUUUCGGGGAAACUGAUUGGGGCGGAGGAGGACGGGCGCCCCCGUCCCCGGCGCAAGGUGCAGCUGCCCCUGGGGGCUCCCUGGGGGGACGUGGUCAUCGAGAGGAACAUACCCCCUUUGAAAUGGUACCACGACUUUGAGAGCCAGAUCUCCCUCUUCACCAUCGUGUGGGGUCCAUGCUGGGACCCAGCCUGGACACUGAUCGGGCAGGCCAUCGAUCUCCUCACCAAGCCCACCAUUGAUCCCAGCCCCCCUCUCACCUGGUGGGACAAGAGCCGGCUGCUCUUCCACGGGAGCUGGAAGAUGGACAUCGAGCAGGCCAACCUACAUCAGCUCGCCACUGAGGACCCCUACAACACCACGGAGAACAUGCACUGGGAGUGGAGCAAGUUACAUUUCAAAUGGAAGAACUGUGAAUUCAGCUUCGAAGGAGACCUGGAUGUCAAUGUGCGAACAGCAUCAAAGUACGACGACUGCUGUUUCCUUCACCUGCCUAACCUGCGCCUCACCAUCGGCCUGCAGUGGGUCUCCCUUGGGAACCCCUUCGACCACCACAGCGUGGCACUGUGCGCCCCGCACGGCUUGGAAGCCUUGCCGGAGGGAGAGGUGCACGAUUCCUAUAAACUCUUUCGAUCCCUGAAUCUCAACCUGUCGGUGAUGAUGAACCUGGAUGCGGCAGGAAAAGGAAGGACAGAGUCGCGCAUGCUGUUGUACAGCAGUACUCUGCGCUGGAUGCAGAAUUUCUGGGCAAUGUGGACGACGGUCUCCAGACCCAUCGGUCGGGGCAAACUCUUCCAUAAUCUGAAGCCAAGCAAGAAGAAGCUGAGCCAACAUUACAAGCUGGUCUCCUUCAACCCUGUCUUCCCUCAGUUACAGGUUCAUUACUGGGCAUCGUUUGCCCAGCAGCGCGGCAUCGAGCUCCAGUGCUCCCAAGGGUAUGUCUUCACCCGAGGAACCCAGAGGUUCAUUCCCCAGGCAGGGGGCUCGGUGCUGCGGCGGCCCAUCUCCGAGUGGAACGUGACGGAGAUGUGCAGCGAGCUGAACCUGGUCACCGUCUACCUGAUGACGUCGGCCGCGGAUGAGAGCACCGAGCAGAGGCUGGACGCACAGGUCACCAAGACCCACCUCCUCAGCCUGUCCUCACUCAGCUAUCAGCGGCAGAGCGGUAGAGUGGAGGAGGAUGUAUCGGUGAAGGAGGAGAGGAGCUACACACACAAGCUGUGCCUGGUUUACCUCCGAGCAUCCUGGACCCCGACCAACCGCACUGUGGCUUUCGGCCUCUACGACGGCUACAAGAAGGCGGCCGUGCUGAAACGCAACCUGUCCACCGAGGCGCUGAAAGGGUUAAAGAUCGACACCAACCUGCAGUCCAAGAAACCCAAGCGCCCACCCCCGCCACCCCCCACUGUCUCCACUCCAGAGGACAAGAAGACGGAGCUGAAAGCGCAGGAAUCGGCAGGGAGCAGGGCGGCAGGGGGCCUGCGUGCAGCAGCAGCCAGGGGAGGUGCCUCCAUGCUGCAGAGGCUGAUUGAGGAGACGGACAAGUUUGUGGUUUUCACGGAGGAGGACUCCGGGGUGUGCGACCAGCUGUACGGGAGUGCCGCGUGUCAGACGGACGAUGUGAUCAACCGCAACUGGCUGAUCGAGCUGGUCAACUCCCAGGUGAUGUUGAGAGGUGCAGAGACGGAAGGCUGCGUGUUUGUGAGUGCCGCCAAGGCGCAGCUGCUGCAGUGCCUGCACCACCCAGCCUGGUACAACGACACGCUCAAGCAGAAGACCACAUGGACCUGCCUGUUGGACGGCAUGCAGUACUUUGCCACCAUGGAAACCAACCCUGAGGAGAAGGAGGAGCGGCAGCUGUGGCUGGAGGUCAAAAGCAUCGAAGAGCAUCGGAGCCGGAAUCUGGACUCGGUGGCGGAGCUGAUGGAGAGCGGGCAGGCCGUGGGAGGAAUGGUCAGCACCACCACAGACUGGAAUCUCCCCGCUCAAGGCUAUGAGACCCAGCAAGUACAGAGGAUAAUCUCCCGCUGCAGCUGCCGCAUGUUCUACGUCAGCUACAGCCAUGACAUCGAGUCCGAGCUGACAACCCAGAUCAAGCCGCCCGAGGUCCAUGAAGACCAGAAGGAGGACCUGCUGAAGAAGCAGAAUGGUGCCGUGGACACAUUCACUCUGAUCCAUCACGACCUGGAGAUCUCCACCAACCCUGUGCAGUACGCCAUGAUCCUGGACAUCGUCAACAACCUGCUCCUACUCGUUGAACCAAAACGCAAAGAGCACAGCGAGCGGAAGCAGCGGGUCCGGUUCCAGCUGGAGAUCUCCAGCAACCCGGAGGAGCAGCGCAACAGCAUACUGCACCUGCAGGACGCCGUCAGGAUGCACGUCACCCGGAUCCGGCAGCUGGAGAAACAGAUCUACCUGAUCGUCAAGUCAUUGCAGGACGACAGUCGGAGCAGCACGUUGCUGAACCAGAGCCAUGACCUGCAGAUCCGCCUGAACCAAGAGAAGACCGAUCUACAGGCCAAGAGCGAGGAGCUCAACAUCCUCAUCAGGUGUUUCAAGGACUUCCAGCUGCAGCGGGCCAACAAGCUGGAGCUUCGCAAGCAGCAGGAGGACGUCAGCGUGGUGCGGCGCACCGAGGUCUACUUCGCCCAGGCCCGCUGGCGCCUGACCGAGGAGGACGGGCAGCUGGCCAUCGCUGAGCUGGAGCUGCAGCGUUUCCUGUAUAGCAAGGUGAAUAAAUCAGACGAUACUGCUGAGCAUCUGUUGGAGCUGGGCUCCUUCACCAUGAACAACCUGCUCCCAAACUCCCUCUACAAGGUGGUGCUACGUCCCCAGAACCCCUCGCAGUCUGCCCGCCAGCUCGCCCUCCGGAUCUUCAGCAAGGUCCGGCCCCCGGUGGGAGGGAUCUCGGUGAAGGAGCACUUUGAGGUCAACGUCGUUCCACUGACUAUUCAGCUGACCUACCAGUUCUUCAGGAGGAUGAUGGGCUUCUUCUUCCCGGGCCGCAACGUGGAGGAGGAAGAGACGGGCGCGGACGAGGAGGACAAGUCGAAGCUGGUGACCACAGGGAUCCAGGUCGGAAUGAAGUCUCGGCAGCACAUUCCCGAGGACUCAAUCAGCCUGGGAUCGGGGAAAGGAGUCGCAGCAGGAUUAAACAGGAGCUCAGGAGUCCGAAGGUCCUUCCGGAAGCUUCCAGAGCAUCCAGUGGACGAUAUCGAUAAGAUGAAGGAGAGGGCAGCGAUGAACAACUCUUUCAUCUACGUGAAAAUUCCUCAGGUCCCGUUGUGCGUCAGCUACAAGGGUGAGAAGAACAUCGAGGACUGGAAGGACUUCAGCUUGGUACUGCCCUGCCUGGAGUACCACAACAACACCUGGACCUGGCUCGACUUCGCCAUGGCCGUCAAGAGGGACAGUCGCAAGGCUCUGCUCGCCCAGGUGAUAAAGGAGAAGCUGCGGCUGAAGCCGGCCUCGGGCAUGGAGUCGCGGAGCCGUAUUGCGGAGCCCAAGACGGACGGUAACCUGCAGCAGCAGGAGGAGGACGAGAAAGCCCGGCUGCUGAUCGGCUCCAAGCUGCUUCCCGGAGACAAGUCGUCCAGCAAGAAGUCGCUGUUUGGGAAGCGGAAGUGAGGAGGGAGAUGGAUUCUCACACUCCACGUCCGGACACUCCCAACACCACAGGAGGUAGGGUGGGUCAGACGUUGCACAGCCAGUCACCCCUCUUACCCCACCAGCCUCUGAGCUGCAACCCCAGGCACUUUCACUGUUGUAAAAUUGUGUAAAGAGAAAAUUAUUAUAGACGUUUAAAGAGUAAACUGUGAUGUAAUUAAUAUUUACACAAAGUUGCACUGUUUUGUAACUGUAAAAUUUGUAAUUUACUGAUAUUUUCUGUCUUUGAACUAUAAUUGUGAUUUUAAAAGAAAUUGUCUUUGUGUACAGUCGCUCCCCAUUUACCAAAAAUAAGUUCUGGAAACUUUAGCCAAAUUUUUAUGAAAGAUAUCUAGCCUGGAGUUUGAAUACUCGUCAGUGGCAGGGUCCCUGUGGUGUGUUGGGCUCUGUUCAGGGCUAGUCCCUGAUGUAUGCAGGUGCUUUCUUCUAACACCUGUCACAGAGGGUCCCUGGAUGAUACGGUUGGUGUUGUUCUCUCUCUGAGGAUGUCCCUGGGUGAUCCCAUUUUUCUUGUGCUAGUUCCUAUUUAUGAACGCUUCCCGAGUAACGCAUGGUGAUGUCGGUCUUUAUUCUGGAGUGAUUGCUCCAAGGUUUGUGUUGGUUUCUGUUCAUGGAUGGUCUCUGACGCUCCCCAUUCAAGGAUGCUCCCCGAGGAUCCAUCUUGGUGUUGGUCCUGUGUGCUUGGAUGGUCCUGAGGCAACCGCACUCGGUUUACAAGUGGAGACACAAAAGACCGCGGAUGCUGGAAUCUGAUGCUAAAAAACAAAAAUAUUGGAGGAACCAGUGGGUCAGGCAGCAUCUGUGAAGGGGACAGACAAUGUUUCGGGUCGGGACCCUUGUGUCUAUUUCCUUGUAUAGGUCCUGCCUACCCCGCUGAGUUCCUACAAAACCUUGGUUUGUUUGCUGGUUUACGAGUGAGCACCUUUUCCCCCGGCCAUCCCAUGGGCAUCUGUCACACACCUUCAGUCAACACCACUUACAUCGAUGGAACCUUGGACAUAUCCAGUAUUAGAAGAAAACCAACUCCUUCAACUCCCACCCUCUCUAAAUCCCCAGAGACAAAUCCAGGAUAGCAACCAGUCACUGGGUGUCCAUUUAUUUAGUGUUUCUUCUUUAAACCUUGUGGGGAAACAUCUGAGUCUUUUUUUUAAUAUUGGAGGCAGAUUUUGCUUUAAUUUUUAUUAGGAGGAAAUAGGGUUUAAACAUAUUUAAUUCCCUCUCUUUAUAGUCUUGUCCACCAUAAAUGUGGAGACUGUAAAUGAGGGCCAACGCACCCCCAAUCCCACACCCUCCCGGUUGGCUUGGUGAAGGUGCCGUCCUCCUGCUUGUAGGAAUCUGACCUGGGCUUCACAGUGCGAGCACACUCUGGUCUCCGGGCCGUUUCUCCCUGCCUGUUCUUCUAACACACUGCCACAGCUCGAGUCAGGACUCUUCCUAAACACAGACCGUUGCCCGUGGCGGGACGGCCCCUGAUGAGCACAAAGUUAUCUCAAGCUAUCUUUGAUGUAAUCAAUGUGUUGCUUUUAAAGAAUCGAUUUUUUUUAAUGCAGGUGCUGCUGUCAGUCACAGGUUUCACUGUAACAGGUUCAUGUAACAUUAUGGGUGUGCAUACAAAAAUUACUACAGAAACCAAGGAAUAAAGUUGUUUUGUAA